AUGAAAGAUAUCAGGGUGUCAGUGCUCAAGGAAUGCCAGAUUCUCGUGGAAGAGGAAGACCAAGCUGACGAUCAGGCUGCCAUCAAAGCAUCGGAUGGGGCCACGGCAACAACCAAGGAAAGCGACAGAGUUCCACCUGCCAUGACAGAGUGGAAGGAGGAAUCAAAGGCUGACGAGGAGGCAGGGCUCAUGAAAGACAUGAGAGUUUCGGUACUCAGGGAGUGCCGCGUCUUAGAAGACGACAACAAUUUGGCCGCAGGAGAAGGUCCCAACAAUUCCACCUCAGAGAAUAGGGAAAGACUUGAGGCAAAAGGAAUGGCAUCUGGCUCUCCAAAAAACCUGGAAACAGGAACCAUUGACGUAGCAGUUGGUGACGACAAUGCAAGCCCAGAUCCUCAGCAUGAGAUGAUGGCCCAAGGGCAAACUACAACUGAAACAAAUGUCGCUCCUACCCAGCUCUCUCGUGGCGGCAAUGUUGGAGUUACCUCAAGGCCAGGCGCCUUCAACGUACAGGGACCUAAUGCAGGCAACAUGGAAUCAACUAGAGAGGGGCCUUCUCCCUCUAGGGGAAACCAUGACGAAGAAGCUCAACAAGAACAAACAACAGGCCUGACUUUAGAAGAUGCAAACAUGGCUAUUGCUCGCCCAGUAAAUGAAGCGGGUGAAGAUCAUCGCCCACAAGCCCAAGCGGUGGAUCUCCAAGAAAGGGAGCACUCAGCUGCCAUGAAAAGGAAAAGGAGUCUCUUUCAAUUGAUCGGAGUGGGGUUGCUUUUGGUCACGAUUAUUGUUGCUGUGACGGUGCCUAUUGCUGUCAAUCAAGACAAGGAGGGAGACAGUGAUGAAGGUGCUGCUGAGACUGUCGCCAAUGAGACUACUGUCGCCAAUGAGACUACUGUCGAGGACAUCAGAGAGCAUGUCUUGAACCUCCUCCCAGCUUCGACUGCCCAGGGUAUUCUGCGUGAUAUUGACGUAACAGAUCUGAUGAACUCCACUGCAUUUACACCCCAGCAAAAAGCUUACAAAUGGGUUCGACAGGAUCCAAACCUCAGCAACUACACCAACGAGAGGAUUGUACAGCGCUUUGCCCUGGCAACUUUCUACUAUUCCUCCGGCGGUUCGCAGUGGGAUGCAAAGGACAACUGGCUCACUUAUAAUGAUGUGCAUGAAUGUGACUGGUUCUCUAAGAACACGUAUGGGUUCAUCCCUCUUGCUUUUACUGUGCCCCGCCCUCUUUUUGUCAACGAGUCCGUAACAGGUCCCAUUGAUGGAGUCCCUUGCAAGGACCAGCAGUAUGAGCACCUGUGGCUUAAUCACAAUGGCAUGUAUGGGCAGAUUCCAGAGGAAAUGUACUUGCUCACAAAUCUCAAAAGCAUAUCACUGGACCGCAAUGACCUUACAGGCACAAUCUCAGCAAAUAUUGGCCAGCUGACCAGGUUGGAGGAACUGGAUUUGUAUUCCACCUCAGUUGAUGGUACCAUUCCAUCGGAAAUUGGGCUAUUGCCUCUGAAGGUACUCUUUCUGAUAGUUAAUCUUCUUUCAGGCCAAAUUCCUAGUGAAGUGGGUCUGCUUACAGAACUAAGACAGGUAUUGCUGGACACAAAUUUAAUCACAGGGCCUAUACCACCGGAGAUGGCAUUUCUAUCAAAGUUGGAGAAAUUUUCCAUCUGGCAGAAUGCUAUCACGGGCAGUGUGCCAAAUGUUGCUUUUCAGUGGCCUGGACUUUUUUCAGUAGAGCAGAAUCUUCUUUCUUCCACAAUUCCCACAGAGCUCGGCUUGUCAAAGCUCACUGGAUUUGCAGUUGGGAACAACGGAAUCACAGGCUCAAUUCCAUCAGAGGUUGCGCUGAUGACCGACUUGGUUCAUCUUGGGGUCGCCAAUAACCUGCUUAACGGCACUAUACCCACGGAGCUAGGCAGCCUUUCCGUGCUGGAUACUCUUGAAGUCCACAACAACCAAUUCACAGGAAUGCUGCCAUCCGAGUUGGGCCAACUUAGUCUCCUACGAUCUUUUAUAUUAGGAAACAAUCUCUCUGGCGCAAUUCCAUCAGAGCUUGCGCUGAUGACCGACUUGGUUCAUCUUGGGGUCGCCAAUAACCUGCUUAACGGCACUAUACCCACGGAGCUAGGCAGCCUUUCUGUGCUGGAUACUCUUGAAGUCCACAACAACCAACUCACAGGAAUGCUGCCAUCCGAGUUGGGUCAACUUAGUCUCCUACGAUCUUUUAUAUUAGGAAACAAUCACCUCUCUGGCGCAAUUCCUGCUGAGGUGGGGCAGUGGACCUCGCUCGAUCUUUUUGCCAGCUGGUGGAAUCCAUUUUCGGGAACACUGCCCACGGAGCUGGGGCUGCUCAGCACAGUUACCACAUUUGAGGUUGCUGGCAGCAGAGUACGUGGCUCCAUACCAUCUGAGAUUGGACUCAUGGAGAACCUUACGGUUUUCUUCUUGGCUGAGAAUAGGCUCACAGGCAUGAUUCCUACAGAGAUUGGAGAGCUGAGUUCUUUGGUGAACCUGAAUCUUGGAGCCAAUCAACUAUCUGGGGUGAUCCCGAGUGCCAUUAGUGGUGUGGCUGGUUUGCAACAGGUUCGGUUGUUUGAGAACCAGCUGACUGGGGCUGUGCCUUCAUCUCUUGGAUUGCUGGAGAAGCUGAAGCUUCUUUGGCUCCACAACAACAGUGGCCUCUCCGGUACAAUUCCACCUACUCUAUGCAACCAGACAACUUGGCCUGACGAUGUUGAGGUGGAUGGAGGCAUUCAUGUCGAUUGUGAAUUGGUGGAAUGUAGCUGUGAUGUUUGUGUUUGUCAGUGA